AUGCCUUCACAGGGUCGCAGGUUGGUGCUGAUUGCUCUCUGCCUUCAAAAUGUGACGCACCUUGAUAAGCAGUCUGCGAGGACUUUGCGUGAGCUUGGCUUCAACCUCCCAGAUGCUGAGCCGCCCAUUCGCGCUGCCUUGCCUGCCGUGCGGCCGCAAAGGUUGAUGUUCGUUGAGUUGUGUUGUGGAUCGGCGGGGCUGUCUUUCGCUUUCCGAUCACUAGGAUUCCAGGUGCUAGCCAUCGAUCGUGCCAGCAAUCGCCAUCGGCCUUUGGUUCAUUGUGUGCAUCUAGAUCUGCGGCUGGACUCUUCCUGGACGUACCUGACGCGGCUCGUCCAGGCCAGGCAGGUCCUUCUUGUGCACGUUGCUCCGCGUGAGGUUCCGUGGCAGGGCCGCCACGCAUCCCAGUGCUUGCGAAGCGAAGCUUCUCCCGACGGGCUUCCCGGGUUACCUCCUGCUUGGCAGUCCAAAGUGGAUUCGGCCAACGCCGUCUACAGACGCACGUCUGCUUUUUGCAUGUGGCUUUGCGAGCAGCGCUCCCAGAAUCCUGAGUUCAUGACGCAUUUUUGUGUUGAGAAUCCCGCCAGCUCCUACAUGUGGUUGCUGCCCGAUUUCGUCGCCUUGCGCUCGAAGUGUUUCGAGGUUUCUUAUGACUCUUGCAUGCAUGGUGGUGACCAGGCCAAACGCCAGGUAUUGUGGACUUCAAUGCGGGAGCUAGGCACCUUGGCCCGCCAGUGCGACAACAGCCAUACCCACCGGCAAUCCCCCACGGCAGAGGCCGAGUACCCUGAAGCCUGUUGUUCCAGGUAUGCUGCUGCUGCAGCUCUGGCGUUGGGCGCCUCGCACACCAUGCCGGCCAGCCCACGCAUCUCCAACGAGUCCGCCCGCGCCGCUGCCCAUCGGCAACCGCGCACUUCCAGGGCCAUCGUUCUUGUGGAUGAGUACCAGUACCAGGUUACGGUGCCUCUGCCGUCUGGCCAGGAGCUGGCCGAACAGGAAGAGAAGUUGCAUGCUUCCCUCCAUCCAUCUGUGGCCAUUGUCUUGAAGGGUAAGAGGCUCUUGCUUCUGGAUCGGAUAGCGAAAUCCCUUGACUGGCCUGAUAAGAAUUUGCAUUCUGAUCUUACCCACGGGUUUCGUUUGGUUGGGGAGGAGAGGCCAAGCGGAGUCUUCCCUCUGGACCCCAAGCCUGCCGAGACAUCCGUGGAAGGUUUGAUGGAGGAGGCCGCUCUUCUGAAACCUUUGCUGUGGGAAAAGAUCUCUCAAAGCCCAGACGGUCCCCACGAUCAAGCUCUGUUUGAUAUCACUCAUGCUGAGUGCCACGAAAAACGGUGGUUGGAACCACCCCGGACCUGGAGUGAGCUUGAGGGUCAUUUUCAGGGUUCUUGGGUUCCUGUUGAGCAGCGCCAGAAGCUGAGACCUAUCGACGACCUGGCCGAGAAUGGUGUCAAUAGCGCUUUCGCCCCUUGUGACAAGCUGACCCUCAGGGCUGUUGAUGAGAUUGUGUGGACAGCCUGUUUCCUCAUGCGCACGCUCAUCGGCCGGAAGGAGGUUCACGUCCAGCUGUCGUCCGGGGGCGUCCUGGCCGGUCCCCUUCACUCCUUUUGGACGGGCGAUAAGGCCCGAGCCCGCCCACUGGUCAAAACGGUGGAUCUGAAGGCGGCAUACAAACAAUUGCCGUUGAGCCCUCUUGAUCAUCGCUUAUGUGUUGUCAGUGUUCGCAGGCCGCUCGACCGACAAGUCGUAGGCUACGUGUCCAAAACCCUGCCGUUCGGAGCGGCUGCGAGUGUGACAGCGUUUAAUCGCGUCGCUCGUCUCCUUCAAAGAAUUCUGCAAGAGGCUCGCAUCAUGGCGAGUAAUUAUUUUGACGACUACCCCAUUCUGGAGAUGACUGCGCUCGCAAGCAGUUGCGACAAGACCGUGCACAACAUUUUGUCUCUUCUAGGAUUUGAAUGGGCGUCGGAUAAAGAGGAGGAUUUUGCUCAGAGUGCGAGCCUUCUUGGAGUCACGUUAGAUCUAACAGAUCCCGCGCUUGGGCAUGUCAAGGUUGCGAAUCGUGAAGAGAAGUGCGCCGAAGUUUCCUCUGCCAUUGAUGCGGUUUUGGCAAAGGGUGUUCUUAGGGCCUCGGAGGUUGCCUCUUUGUUCGGCCGCAUACAGUUCAUGGAGGGCCAACUGUUGGGGCGCCUUGGGCGUCUAGCGCUUAUGGAGCUCAGGUCUCUUUGUUCAGCUUCGGGCGAGCUUCGCCUUGGCAAGUUUGAGAGGGCAGCCUUUUGCAAUCUCAGGGAUCGUAUGAUGUCCGGGCCCGCCAGGGCUGUGCCUACAUCGCCACCUGAGGGGUGUGUUUGUGUUUACACCGAUGGCGCGUGUGAGUUUCAGUCGGGUCGACCACUCUGCACGAUCGGAGGGAUUUUGUAUCACCGCGUUGAUGGGAAGUGGAACACUCGCUUCUUCGCAUGCGAAAUGCCGCCUGAGUUGGUUCAAUCAUGGAGUGAUGCUGGGAAGCGGCAUCUGAUCGGCCCGGUUGAGCUCUAUGCCGUUGUGACAGCCAGAAAGGUGUGGAGAUCCUUUCUGAACUCUGCUCGUGCUCUGUUCUUUGUUGAUCACUCGGGUGUGCAUGCAGCGUGCGUGAGUGGAACUUCAAGGGACAGUGUGUAG